AUGGCCAAGCGUAGACAAAAGACUAGGACACAUGCCAGACCCGAUCCAGAGGCCGUCAAAAAGAUUCCAAAAUCGAUGGUUAUUCGGGUGGGUCAGACGUCGAUGGGCAAUCAUUCCUUAAAUCAAUUGGUCAAGGAUUUCCGUCAGAUCAUGCAGCCUCACACUGCGAUCAAACUGAAGGAGCGUAAAUCGAAUAAACUGAAGGAUUUUGUGGUUAUGUGCGGCCCGCUGGGCGUCUCGCACCUGUUUAUGUUUACACAAAGUGAGAAAACCGGUAACGUCUCCCUCAAGAUGGCAAGAACUCCGCAUGGGCCCACUAUCACGUACCAAGUUCUGGACUACUCACUUGGGCGGGAUAUCAAGCGGUUUAUGAAGCGGCCCCAAUCGCUAGCGAAGGAAGAUGCUAUGAACCCUCCAUUGCUUGUCUUGAACGGAUUUGGUGCCAAAGCUAGUACUCCCGAGAACGGCAAAGAGUCUAAAGACAAGGAGUUUGCUAGCAGUGCAGCAGAGCGUGCUAAUGUGGAGAAGGUGGUUAUUUCCAUGUUCCAGAACAUCUUUCCGCCGCUAAACCCCGCGCGCACUCAACUAGGGGCUAUCAGCAGGGUUUUCAUGAUCAACAAAGACCCUAACACCGACGAGAUCAGCAUGCGUCACUAUGCUAUUGACAUUCGCGAAGUAGACAUCUCCAGAAAUUUGAAACGUCUAUACCGGGCGAAAAACAAGCUUAAUAAGUCUGUUCCGAAUCUUCACAAGAAAGAUGACGUUGCAUCGUUGAUUUUGGAUCAUGACAUUGGAGCGUAUACUUCAGAAAGUGAAAUAGAGGAUGACUCUAUUGUCAGAGUAAUGGAAAAGAAUCAAAAACCAGUCAAGACAAGUGUUAAAUCGUCGUCCGAUGGUACAGAAGAAAAAGCCGAGCCUGUUGAAACAUCAGCUCCUCGGAAGAAGGCCAUCAAAUUGACAGAAGUUGGCCCAAGGCUGACUCUCAAACUCGUAAAGAUUGAAGAAGGAAUUUGUGCCGGUAAAGUCUUACACCACAACUAUGUCAAUAAGACAGAUACGGAAAUUAAAGCUUUGGAAAAGAGACACGCACAACGCAUGAGAAUAAAGGAAGAAAGAAGAAGGGAACAAGAGGCUAAUUUAGCUAAGAAGAAGGAGGUCAAAGAUGCUAAGAAACAACGUAAAUUGGAGAGAAGAAAACUCAGGGAACAGCAGGAACAAGAAAUCGCAGAAGGCAAGGAACCCUCCAAGGAAGUUGAAAGUGAUCCUGAGUCAUCCACCAGUGAUGAAGAUGGCUAUAGCGAUGUUCCAGAAGACCUUGAUAGUGACCUAUACAGUGACGUAGAGAUGGAUUAG